GUGUGGGAACAUCCCUGGAGUGAGGAAUGCCUCAGUUACUUACGAGCUCAGAGAAAUCGCCAGAUUCCAGUGUCAAUUUAGAAGCCUGUGAUCUUGACAAUUGUGUUUUUGCCUCUGAAUGGUUGCAUCAAGCACACAGAGAGAGGCAGGGGCCUGGGAGAAGAUGGCACCCUUGAGAGCAGCACAGAAUGCACUGAAUGUCCAGCUUCAGCCUAUGAACGCCCAGAUCAAGUGUGAGUCUCCAGAGCCCCAGUUCCUGCAAGAAAGAGAUUUUGAGACUAGUACCAAGUGGUCUGUUCCAAAGCAGGAAUUUUCUGAAGAAGUGGAGUCACAGGAAAGGAUAUCUAGAAGAUUCCCAGUGGAUGUUUCCAAAGGAGCCAAGGUUGGAGAAGCCUGUGAAUGUGAAGGCACUUUAGACAAGCAAUAGGGAAACAAAAUGGAGAAAGACAGAUCCCUUUCCCAGGAUGGAAAUUUUAUGGUAGUGACCAUCCCUGAAAAAGUUGCCUUAGAAGAAAAUAGCCAUAAAUAUGAGUGUCUGAGUAGCUGCUAUUUGAACUCAGAUCUAGUUAUACAUAGAGUAGAGAAACCCUAUGUAUCUGCUAGAAAUGAUCAAAACUCCAGACAGAAUUCAUCUUCUAAUGUGCAUCAAAACAAUGAAACUGGUAGGAAACCUUAUGAGUGUAACGAAUGUGAGAAAACUUUUAAGCAGAACUCAGAUCUUAGAAAGCAUCAGAGAAUUCAUAUGGGAGUGAAACCUCACAAAUGUACUCAGUGUGGGAAAACAUUCAGUCAAGGCUCUGAUCUUAAGAAGCAUCAAAGAAUUCAUACAGGAGAGAAGCCCUAUACAUGUGGUGAAUGUGGGAAAGCCUUUAGGGGUAGCUCAGACCUUAUUCAGCAUCAAAGGAUUCACACUGGAAAUAAACCCUAUGAAUGUAGUAACUGUGGGGAAGCUUUUAGUAGGAGCUCACACCUUGUUCAACAUCGAAGAAUUCAUACUGGAGAAAAACCCUAUCACUGUAGGGAAUGUGGGAAAGCCUUCAGCCAGAACUCUUCCCUUAUUCAACAUCAGAGAAUUCAUACUGGAGAAAAACCCUAUGAGUGUAAUGAAUGUGGGAGAGCCUUCAAUCAACGCUCAGCUCUUACUCAACAUCAGAGAAUUCAUACUGGAGAGAAGCCCUAUGAAUGUAAAGAAUGUGGGAAAGUCUUCAGGCAUAGGUCUGGCCUUAUGACACAUCAGAGAGUACACACCAGAGUUUAACCUUGUGCAGAUUUUGAUUAUGAGGAAUCUGCAGACAACUUUGCUCUUACUAAAUCUCAGAAAAUUCAGCUGGGGAUCAAAAUCCCAUAAAGUAAUUGUGAGGUCCUCAAAGGUAGAGCCUAUGUUUGUCUUAUUGUAUAUGGCUGUCAACUGAGUUCCAUGUGCCUAUGAAACCUUUCUUGAGGUUUCUUUUGUGAUUGACUAAUCUUUUUUUCUUGCUAUUUGUUAUCUAAAGUUUUUACUGUUACUGUUGUCAAUAGUUAUCUUUAAGGGGGAGAGUACAUGAUUUUUGCCUCUUUAGAAAGGAUGGAAUUCAUAUCCCAGGAAAAUGAAGAUUGUACUUCAGGGGAUCAGUGCAGUUUUGGGUGGUCAGUGCCCCUUCUUCAGGAUGUAUAAUGUAGGCGUCUGAGUUCUCUGAAAUGAAUUGGGGACAAUUUUUUAAGAACAUCUAAGUAGACAGUUACUGGCCUAGAGGACAGUACGAUGACAACUAUUUAUGGUUCACAGUCAUUUUGACCUAUAUCUGGGAAGAAGAGACUGGAUCUUGAGGCAGGUAGAGUGUUUAACAUAAUAAUAUCCUGAUGUCCGUUAAUGAUUACCACUAUCACCCCUCUUCUUCCCUUAGCCAGAAGUCACCUUGUAUCAUGACCACUCAGGCCUUGUGGUCUGUGUCCUGAGAACUACACCCCUCAGUCUGUCUGGCCCAUUGAGAUAUCUCAUUUCCUUAAUACAUUCUUCAGGGAGAGAGUGGUUAAGGUAUUUCUGUUUUCUCUCAUGUUAGUGCUGAAAAACCAUGAUUCAGAAGAGCAGUUACUGGCUCAGUUCCUAGCAUAGGUCUAGGGACACUUUAGGCCCUUCUGGCCCCUGAGAAGGCAGAGAAGAUGCUGUUCAGCUUCUUUGUCCCUGAAAGUCCCAAUUUUCCACAGUGUUAUGGGUUUGACUUGAAUGACUUCCUUUUUUUCCUGAUUUGUCACUCUAUAGACUUUUCCAACUAUAAUGUUGGAAAGAGAUUUUACUUUGUACCUUUCUUUGAUCAGUCAGUACCCUGAAAGCUAUUGUUACAGAGGAGUGGGUACAUAGGUAUGCUGUCUGCAUAUAUGUGUUGUGAGCACAUGUUUACCUUUGUUGGCCAUCCAGUAUUUUUUUCCUUUGUGGCCUCCUUUCCAUAGCCUCCCAUAAAAAAUUACGCAUAUUCUCACUCUGAACAAGGGAGAAGAACUUGUCUUAGGGGGUGUGUGUGUGUGUGUGUGUGUCUAUAUUUUAACUUGAAUUGUCUCCAACAUUAGAAUAUGUUACUGCUCUUUAAUACAUCCUGCUUUAUGACACCAGAUGGGGGAUGUAGCCCUGGGAAUUUGGAAGAAGGUGCUUUGGUAACUGUUGUUGGAGGAAUUAUGCAGCUCACAGAUAGGCCACCAUCGUGGAUGCAAUGGCAACUGAUCAGUCAGGAACUCAGGUGUAGAGAAUGGACAAGGGGCAAGCAUCCAUUCCACUAACUUAGGAAAUGGGAUCAUAGCCAUUUUGUGAUGGAAUGGUCAGCAGUCUCUGGAUGUAGAAAUAUUUCUUUUAGACCAAUUAAACCAUAUCAUUAGUCCCUGUCCAGGAUAUGAAAAUGCCAAGCAGUGGGCCAAAAUAAAAAGACUAAAACCCUAAAAAGGUUAUGGCCCCAAUCCUUAGUCACUAUAGAAUUAGAAGGAAGCACCGUAGUUUUUGGAUGGUGGGUUAGUGGCAGCUGAAUUAUAUAAUAAGGACUGUGAGGCCUAUGGUUGAGAUAAGAAGGAAGGUAGUUUAAUCCUAAGAACUAUUAAUCUAGCUCUUGGACAUAAAAUGGUA